AUGGAGUCUUGGACUUUUCACACCAUUCGUCGCGGUGACCCCAAAUAUGAAGCAGCACGAUGUGGCGCAGUCUGGAAUGGUCGAGUCCCAGAUCGAUACCCCGAAUUGAUCACCUACCCUGAGAAUGAUGCCCAUGUUCAAGCGAUCGUUCGCUACGCCAAGGAAAAGAAACUGAGCAUCGGCACCAAAUCAGGUGGUCAUUCAUGGACAGCCUCCUUUCUCCGCGAUGGGGGCAUCAUGGUUGAUCUUGUGAAAAUGAACAGCUUCACAUUCGACGUGAAAGCUCGUGCUGCAGUUGCGCAGCCUGCGGCGUAUGGUUCGGACCUCAAUGCUGCCCUCGUCCCGCACAAUCUCAUGUUUCCUGGAGGGCACUGCCCGACUGUCGGACUGGGAGGUUUUCUGCUACAGGGAGGUUUUGGGUGGAAUUCGCGCAAAUGGGGUGUCGCAUGCGAAAGUGUCAUGGCCAUAGACGUCGUCACGGCGGAUGGUGAGCUUAUCCGUGCAAGCCCAACUGAGAACUCUGAGUACUAUUGGGCUAGUCGUGGUGCUGGGUGCGGCUACUUUGGUCUUAUCACGCGCUUCUAUCUUAAGCUCUAUACGCUUCCUCAGGGUAUCAUGACCGCACGGUAUAUCUUCGAGACCUCCGACCUGGACGAAGUGCUUGCUGCUAUCGACGCCGUUUCCGAAUCUGUUUCCCCCGAUCUGGAGAUUGGAUUCUUUGUCGCGCGUGAUCAGGAUGGUAUCAUGGGUCGGCCGACACUUGCGAUUACGGCUGAUGCGCUUUCCGACACGGAAGAAGAGGCUCGCACCGCUCUCAAUCUUCUACAUGAUCUACCCGUAAUGAAGAAAGCGCUCAAGUCAGCUCCGUUUGUUAGUUGUACGUUACGGGAAAUGCUCAAGCGGUUCGAUGAUAUUCUCGACAAUCGCGGGCGACGAUAUGAGGCCAAUAACCUGUGGACAGAUCUACCUGUCACAGACCUGCUCCCCAAUUUCCACAAGAUCAUCGAUGCGCUUCCUGCGGCACCCUCCCACCUCUACAUGAUGUGGUGGCUCCCGGUUAAAGGUCGUCCGGAGAUGGCGUUCUCUAUGGAGGCACGUCUCUACGUCGCUCUCUAUGCGAUUUCCACGGAUGCGGGGCAGGAUACUAAGAAUUCUGGAUACGUGAUUUCUUCUUUGGAGAAGAUGGAGCACUUAAGAAAGGGGAUUCAACUCGCUGAUGAGAACCUACCGGGUCAUCCUGGAAAGUUUAUGCGUACGCAAAACUAUGUCAGAUUGGAAAAGUUGCGCCAGAAAUACGAUCCGGAGGGUCGAUUCUAUGGCUAUAUUCGAGUACCCCCCGAGUUUGAAGCUGCCCUUUCUUCACUGUGA